AUGACAAUCGCACUUGAGGACGACUCCGACGCCUUUACAGCGGCGCUUUGCUUCGUCGACGAGUUUAUGGGGGCAGGGACGGACGAGGCCGCGCUGUCCAUUGCUUUGGAGGGGCUUCCAAGCUCCAAGACGGCGCGCAGCAGCACGCGCAAUCGAGUGCGCGACCAGGAGCGUCGGGAACUUUUGUAUCUGAGGGAGAAAGUGGCGGACAUGCAACAAAAGUUGCAAGCGCUGCAGAAAACGCAAGAGGACGCGGAAGCCCCCGCUGUAUGGAAGGAGAUGGCCAGUCAUCAACUGGAGCAGCGACUCAAGUCCGAGAGAGAAAAUAGGCAACUGAAAAUGGUUUUGGAAGGGCAAAUCAAGAUUGCCAAAAGUCUGGAAAAGUUGUUGCAAGCAAGAGCCACGACGAAUGCAAUUGAGCGCUGUUUGGGUGACGGCCAGAGGUUGAAACGCAUGCACAUACCCACUCCUGAUCGAUCGGACGCCAGUAUCUUUACGGAACUGAUGGAGGGCAUCGACUUGGCGUAUAGAGAAGUGGACGCCGUGUUCCGCGACAACGGAUUAGACACAAAGGAGUCGUCGUUCAGUGACGCAGAGAUGCACGAAGGAGCGGACGGAGUGUACAUGAAGAUUUUUGCCAGCAAAGUGUUGCCGUUUGACGUGGCUUCCACUGGGACAGCUGCGUGGCGGUAUUUCUCAAGAUCAUUGGAACACAUGCCGUUCCGAUUUCUCUAUCACAAAGACCUUCAGAAUGUGGAGACAACAGAAAAUACUAUCAUCGAGAGCUUCGGUAUGGAGCUCCAUGCCAAGGGCACGCAAGCGGAUUAUCGUGUUAAGCAGAUCGUGCGUCGCUAUGUGGAAGAUAACCGCAUCGUGGUCGUUUGGCGAUCAUACAUUGACCCCGUGGAAUUUGCAGGCAACCCGGUGCACGGCGCUCAGUUUCAGGAGAAAGGUUAUCUCGUAGUGCGUCGUCCGAGAGCCAUGUCUCCUCGAUUCGCUUUGUUGCAAACUUGUUACUUGAUCUCUCCAGCUCUUCCCAUUCGUUCCUUGUCGGACGAGCGCUCAGUGACUGGAGAGCUCACAGACUUUGUGCUUAGUGGCACAGAAGCCAACGUUGCCUCCUGUCAUCAAAUGAUUGAAAACAUCCUGUUCAACGAGGCCAUGAAGGCACACAGCAAGCACUAA